CUCAUUAGUCAGAAAAGCUAAAGUUAAGUUAAAAGAAGAAAUGAGUGGCAUUUUAGGCUCAGUUAAACAUCUUUCCUUUAUUCCAUGAACAAAUACAUACAGAAAAAGCAUCAAUAAACAAGAACCAGUUUUUUUUUUGUAGUUCUUCUCAUCUUCAAAUAUGAGUUCUGUUUCACACUUGUUUCUUGCAUUUCUUUGCUUAAUUCCAUCGAUUUUCGGCCAAGUUACAGAGUUCAUCAGCAUAGACUGCGGAGGCACAGGUAAUUACACAGACAGACGUACCGGCUUGGCAUGGAUUUCGGAUGCCGGCGUCAUAGGCGAGAAGGGCAUCUCGGUGAGAGUGGGAGAUGUGUAUGGGAAUGCACCGCAGUAUCAAACACGGCGGGAUUUCCCCACCGAUGGCAAGAAGUACUGCUACACGCUACCAACGGAAGAAAGGCGGCGGUACAUCGUCCGAGCAACGUUUCUGUAUGGGACUUCAAUGACUGGAGGCACGUAUCCAAAGUUUCAGCUUUACCUGGAUGCCACAAAGUGGUCAACAGUGACAGUAAUGGAAGCUUCAAGAGUUUAUGUGAAAGAAAUGAUCAUCAGGGCGCCAUCUCACUCCAUCGACGUGUGCUUGUGCUGUGCAACGACAGGGUCUCCAUUUAUAUCCACUCUUGAGAUGAGGCCUUUGAACCUGUCGAUGUAUGCUACUGAUUAUGAAGAUGAUUUCUACUUGAAAGUAGCAGAAAGAGUCAAUUUUGGUGCACCAAGCCAGGAAGCUAUAAGGUACCCUGAUGAUCCAUAUGAUAGAAUAUGGGAAUCUGAUCUCGAAAGGAGGCCGAAUUUCCUGGUAGGGGUGGCCACUGGAACAGAGAGAAUCAACACAACAAGAAAUAUAGAUGUGAACACGAGGGAAUAUCCACCUGUUAAAGUAAUGCAAACUGCAGUAGUUGGCACUAAAGGGAGCCUCACCUACAGGUUAAAUCUUGAGGAUUUUCCAGCUAAUGCUCGAGCUUAUGCAUACUUUGCUGAAAUCGAAGAUCUGGGAGUAAAUGAAACUCGGAAAUUUAAGAUGGAGCAGCCUUACAUGCCUGACUAUAGCAACGCUGUGGUCAACAUAGCAGAAAAUGCCAACGGGAGUUAUACGCUAUAUGAACCGAGCUACAUGAACGUAUCACUGGAUUUUGUUCUGUCAUUCUCAUUUGUGAAGACUCGGGAUUCUACUCGAGGGCCACUGUUGAAUGCAAUGGAAAUUAGCAGAUAUGUGGAGAUUGCUGCAAAGACAGAUGAACAAGACGUGAGGAGUCUCAAUGCCUUGCGUUCUAUGUCGAUGCAAAGUCCAUGGACAGAGGAAGCUGGUGAUCCUUGUAUACCAACGAAUUGGGAGUGGGUAACUUGUAGCUCUACAGCACCACCGAGGAUCACCAAGAUUCUCCUGUCAGGUAAGAAAGUGACAGGCGAAAUCCCAAGGGAGCUUAAUAACAUGGAAGCAUUGACAGAAUUGUGGCUAGAUGGAAACUCACUUAACUGGACAAUUCCUGACAUGAGCAACCUUGUCAAUCUGAAAAUACUGCAUCUAGAGAACAACCAACUAACUGGUUCUUUACCUCCGUUCUUGGGUAGCCUGCCAUACUUGCAAGAAUUGCACAUACAGAACAACUCUUUGAGUGGGGAAAUACCUCCAUCAUUGUUAAGAGGAAACUUAACUUUCAGCUACGAGGGUAAUCCUCAUCUUAGACGAGUAAAAAGAACGCGUAACAAAUUAGUACUUGGUACGUCAAUAGGAGUGCUGGCUGUUCUUUUUGUUCUGUCCAUUUCAAGCAUACUGCUGCUUUGUCGUUCCAGGUCAAAGACAAGUUUACAGAGGAAAGAGAAAGGCAAUUCAUGGCGUAUGAACACCAAGCCUUUGAAUGCUCACUCAAUUGCACGAGGUGGUUCUAUAAUGGAAGAAGGUGUGGCAUACUACAUUCCUCUCCCGGACAUAGAAGAAGCUACGAAUGGUUUUUCAAGAAAAAUCGGGAAAGGAAGUUUUGGACCAGUUUAUUAUGGGAAAAUGAAGGAUGGGAAGGAGGUGGCCGUGAAGAUCAUGGCCGACUCAUCUAGUCAUGGAACCAAACAAUUCAUUACUGAGGUUGCACUUUUAUCGAGGAUCCACCACAGGAAUUUGGUACCUCUAAUUGGAUAUUGUGAGGAAGAGCACCAGCGGAUGCUUGUCUAUGAAUACAUGCAUAAUGGGACCUUACGGGAUCACAUACAUGAUCCUGACAACCAGAAACACCUAGACUGGCUAGCUCGUCUGCGGAUUGCUGAAGAUGCAGCAAAAGGUCUGGAGUACUUGCAUACUGGAUGCAACCCCAGUAUCAUUCAUCGUGACGUGAAAACAAGCAACAUUCUCCUUGACAUAAACAUGAGAGCAAAAGUAUCAGAUUUUGGACUAUCAAGGCAAGCUGAAGAAGACCUGACACACAUAUCAAGUGUGGCUCGGGGAACAGUGGGCUACCUUGACCCAGAGUAUUAUGCAAAUCAACAAUUGACUGAAAAAAGUGAUGUUUAUAGUUUUGGGGUUGUUCUCCUGGAACUUAUCUCUGGGAGAAAGCCCGUCUCCACAGAGGAAUAUGGUUCUGACUGGAGCAUCGUUCACUGGGCAAGGUCAUUGAUACGCAAAGGAGACGUCAUUAGCAUCAUCGAUCCUACAUUGGUGGGGUCUGUCAAAGUUGAAUCUGUUUGGAGAAUAGCAGAAGUUGCCAUCCAAUGCGUCGAACAACACAGCUUCUCCAGGCCAAGAAUGCAAGAAAUUAUUUUGGCCAUACAGGAUGCAAUCAAGAUUGAGAAAGGAACAGAUAAAUUAGAUUCAUCAGGGAGUUCAAAAGCACAAUCUUCAAGAAAAACACUCCUAACAAGCUUCCUUGACAUCCAAAGUCCUGACCUUUCUAACGGAUCGUUAGUCCCUUCAGCUAGAUAAGAAUUUAGCUUCAGCCCAUCUUCUAUAUCCUGAAUGUUGUGUGGUUUUAACUACUUGAUGAAAUGUUCAUAUUCUUAAGUGAUGUAUACUUGAUUGUAGAUACACACUCGGGUUGUGCUUGACUUCCCAUUUUUAAGGGAGAACGAAAUUAGAAUCUUUA